AUGCGCGAGAUCCUACACAUUCAGGGAGGGCAAUGCGGCAACCAGAUCGGGGCCAAGUUCUGGGAAGUGGUCUGCGCCGAGCACGGGAUCGACUCUACCGGGAGGUACAACGGAGACAACGAGUUGCAGCUCGAGCGAGUUAACGUGUAUUACAAUGAGGCCAGCUGUGGGAGAUACGUUCCCAGGGCGGUCCUCAUGGAUCUGGAGCCAGGGACCAUGGACAGCGUCCGAUCAGGUCCCUAUGGCCAGAUCUUCCGCCCUGACAACUUCGUCUUCGGACAGUCCGGAGCGGGCAACAACUGGGCGAAGGGGCAUUACACGGAGGGCGCAGAGCUCAUUGACUCCGUUCUCGAUGUUGUCCGCAAGGAGGCGGAGAACUGCGACUGCCUGCAAGGUACACUUCCAAGUUUUCUGAUCUUCGGUUGAAGUGCCAAGUGAUCUGGACAGAUCGUGCUCCACUUCUUCCUCUGUCUAAUUCAACUUGUUUUCUGUCAAAUUAAUUCUCUGCCGAUUUUUCAGGUUUCCAAGUCUGUCAUUCUCUGGGAGGUGGAACGGGGUCUGGGAUGGGAACGCUGCUGAUAUCCAAAAUCAGGGAGGAAUACCCUGACAGGAUGAUGCUGACCUUCUCCGUUUUCCCAUCGCCGAAGGUCUCCGACACCGUCGUGGAGCCUUACAACGCGACCCUCUCCGUGCACCAGCUGGUGGAGAAUGCGGACGAAUGCAUGGUGCUGGACAACGAGGCCCUCUAUGACAUCUGCUUCCGGACUCUGAAACUUACAACUCCGAGCUGUAAGUCGCUCGUCAUCUUGUUUUUUGUUCCCCACUCCCAAAACUCUUCCCGUACUCUUUGGCCUUCAGGUUUCACCUUAACUAAUUAUGGCGGCUCUCGUCGUUGCAGUCGGGGAUCUGAACCAUCUGAUAUCCGCGACCAUGUCGGGAGUCACAUGCUGCCUGAGAUUCCCGGGGCAGUUGAACUCCGAUCUGCGGAAGCUGGCCGUGAAUCUCAUCCCCUUCCCGCGGCUUCACUUCUUCAUGGUCGGAUUUGCCCCCCUGACGUCGCGCGGGUCCCAGCAAUACCGCGCCCUCACCGUUCCGGAGCUGACCCAGCAGAUGUGGGACGCCAAAAACAUGAUGUGUGCGGCCGAUCCCCGGCACGGACGAUACCUCACUGCCUCCGCCAUGUUCCGCGGGAAGAUGAGCACCAAGGAGGUGGACGAGCAGAUGCUCAACGUGCAGAACAAGAACUCCUCCUACUUCGUGGAAUGGAUCCCGAACAACGUCAAGUCCACCGUUUGCGACAUCCCCCCCACGGGGUUGAAGAUGGCGUCCACCUUCAUCGGGAACUCGACCUCGAUCCAGGAGAUGUUUCGGCGGGUCAGCGAGCAGUUCACGGCGAUGUUCAGGAGGAAGGCCUUCCUGCACUGGUACACCGGGGAGGGCAUGGACGAGAUGGAGUUCACGGAGGCGGAGAGCAACAUGAAUGAUCUCGUCUCCGAGUACCAGCAGUACCAAGACGCGACGGCCGACGAGGAGGGUGAGUACGAGGACGAGGAGGAGGCCGAGCAGGAGUACAACUGA